CCGUGACGUCACUCGGCGCUGCAUAGGCUGCAGUGUGAGCACAGAGUAGACUGGAGGCUGACAAUGACCUCAGACCGGCCAGGCCAGCUGUCACGGUGCUCCAGCUCCCCAGCGCAGCGCUAGCCCCAUAGUCUUCCCUUAUAUCCCAGGCUUGUUGUCAGCUCGCCCAGGCCGCCGCUGUCACUAAGGAGAGGAAGCCCCCCUCCUGGCUCUCCCUGUCAGCCAUGGGGGAUCAUGCGCAGCCCGAGUCGGCCUCUGGCUCUCGGCUACAGAACGGAUUCCAUCCGCCGGCAGCGAGCUCGGUGCUGAGCAAUGGGGAGAGCAGCCGGAGAGAAUCCGACCCCCUCCAUCAAGGAUCCCCGGCCAAGAAAAGCAGGAUCAGGAGGAGGCUGGACUCGGCCAGGAGGAGCAGACCUCGUAAGUGGCCAUCCAGGUGGUCCUGCCACAGGUAGACCCAGGGCAAGUCUGGUUUGGGUACCAAUAGCCCCUUUAUUGCUGUAAGUGUGGGCUCUGUGAAGGACCCAUUGUCUGUAGGCUAAAGGGUCAGUCUCUGUCCAUUCAUUUGUGUAGAGUGCCUAGGUUGCCAUUCACUGGCUUACUAAAGCCCAAAUUAAAGCAGUGACGUAAUAACUUGACCAGUAUGAAUGAUUUUUUUUUUUUUUUUUAAACCCAAAGCAAGACCUAUGCCAUGGCAUUUGGGCCAUUGCAUUGGUUAUACUGGCUUCUUAAAUCAUGAAAGGGGGAGGGGGGGAGCUAGCAGGAGUUUGCAUUUGGCCAAUAUUCAUUUGAUUGCCAAUAUUUUAUUUAAAUUGCUAUAAGUAGUGAAAGAAAGGGCUGAAUUCUAUUUUUGCAACCCAGAGCUGUACAUGGCGCAUGCAAUGGGACCGCAAGAAGAUCCCCAGAAGUACUGCAUAGAAUAGUGGGUCAAUGAGAGAUCCAGUGCAUGCUGCUUCCCAGGGAAGAAGGUGCAGCUACGCAGUGCAUGCAGCAAGAAGAGACAACUAUGCAGCGCUUGCAACAAGAAGUGACAUGCCGCAAAGGAAGUGGGCUGCUACCCUACGCUUGCCUCAAAAAAGGUGGUCUGCUACCCAGCGCAUGCAGCAAGAGGAGCAGUGCGUGCAGCAAAAAAGGGGACAUGCUGCAAAAGGGCCAGAAGGGGACUGAUAUCAAGCGUAAACCACAAAGGAAGGGCAAGAUACCCAGCAGGUGCCGUAAAAGAAGAGGAGGUCGAUAGCUUGCAUCUGCUUUAAUGUUAUUUGCGAAUGGGCAUUUACACAAAAUAUAGUGCCAUGCCAUGGGUACAAGGCAGAAAUGCGUAAUUAAUUAUUACUUCAAUACUGCGUGCUGCAGAGAAACAUAGUCUAAAGUACAGAUGCUAUUAUUACUGAAAGUGGAAUAAUGCAUCAUGUUUUACAUGUCCACUGCUGCCUUAUUUGGCUGCUUAAGAAAAAAACUCUUGGAAAUACAAAUGCAGCGACAGAGGAAGCGGAGAUACCCAGUGCAUGCAGCGACGGAGAAAGCGCAGAUACCCAGUGCAUGCAGCGACGGAGAAAGCGCAGAUACCCAGUGCCUGCAGCGACGGAGGAAGCGCAGAUACCCAGUGCCUGCAGCGACGGAAGAAGCGCAGAUACCCAGUGCCUGCAGCGACGGAGGAAGCGCAGAUAGCCAGUGCCUGCAGCGACGGAGGAGGCGCAGCAUGCAGCGACGGAGGAGGCGCAGUAGCCAGUGCAUGCAGCGACGGAGGAGGCGCAGGUAGCCAGUGCAUGCAGCGACGGAGGAGGCGCAGGUAGCCAGUGCAUGCAGCGACGGAGGAGGCGCAGGUAGCCAGUGCAUGCAGCGACGGAGGAGGCGCAGGUAGCCAGUGCAUGCAGCGACGGAGGAGGCGCAGAUAGCCAGUGCAUGCAGCGACGGAGGAGGCGCAGGUAGCCAGUGCAUGCAGCGACGGAGGAGGCGCAGGUAGCCAGUGCAUGCAGCGACGGAGGAGGCGCAGGUAGCCAGUGCAUGCAGCGACGGAGGAGGCGCAGGUAGCCAGUGCAUGCAGCGACGGAGGAAGCGCAGAUGCCCAGUGCAUGCAGCGACGGAGGAGGCAAAUACCCAGCUAUUUUAGUUUAUUAAAUAAAUUACGUGGGAUUUUAUCCUUUUACAAAAUUGCUUCCUUAUGAUCGUAAGUAACAUAAGUGACUACUCAGUAACCAAAAAAUAUAUAUCUAUAUUUUGGGACAGUCAUUAAACAGGGGGUUAUUUUCAGGUUGUCUUGUAACCAUACUAUACCUUUUUUAGAUCUAUUUAUUUAUGGUGGAAGAGGGGGGGGGGGAUCACUCACGUGCAGACUCUGUUUAUGUAUACAGUGUUACCACUCCUUAUGUAAACCACCGCGCCCUCAAUAAUGGGCAUAUGCCAUUGGUACCUUUUACAACCCGCAUCAACAUUUCCAAAUGUCACAUUUCCGUCUUAUGAUCUAAUCGCUCACGCUGUGCACUGGCAGGCUACCAGGGAACUAGUGACACAUAAGAGGGGAAGAACAAACAAAAAUAAAACCAUGCAUGAGCCGCCAUAGGAGAACAUAUGAGCUGUGAGGUUGUAUGUAUUAUUAUUGUUUCCCCUCCCUCCUUUGACAGCUUCCCAGCCUUUCUUCCCCCUGACACCAUUAUACAAGCGAGGGGUGGAUUGGUGAGCCUGGAGUCAGUAGACCGCUUGCAAUGAAUGUGGAAUUUAAAUGCCACCCCCAGCCAGCCAAUCAGAGCAGCGGAGAGCCAGACACACCUACUGAUACCACGAGAGGAUGGGCAGGGUGGCAGCCAAUGGCAGCUCUGUAAAGCCAAGCUUUGUGAUUGCAUGGUAUAUUCCGUGUGCAGAAAGCACUGAUCAUUGAGCGUUUUGCAAUUUCUAUGCAGACAAAUUGUGACCUUGUUCCUAGUGAUGUGACAGGAAAGUCUUGAAAUGUAAGAGGUGCAGCUCAGAUCUCUUGGAUACACAGUGUCUGUGUGUGGUUAAAUACUCACUCCCAUUAUUCAAUCUUCAUUUAUUUGUUUAUUUUAAUUAUUUAUUUUUUUUGGACUCCCCAAAAUGAGGUUUAUUGACGGCAAAAAACAUUGUGAGUACUACAGUUUUUACAGACAGUCGCUUACUGAGAAUAUACUGUGCUUUAAUACUCAUUGAAGUCAGCUUACAUUCGGAUACCUGUUAUUGGAAUGUUAAUGUUUUGGAAUGUAAAUGUAGCAGUUCAUGUGUUCUAGUAUUCUAUCUAGGGCACUCAGAGUUGUGUGAUCUCAGGGUGUUUUUUGCUCUUUUUAAAUCUGUGAAAUGUUAAUUUUCAAAUAUUGCUGCACCUAGUGGUGAAUGUAAUAAACAUUGUUAUAGAAAUAUAGCCUAAGAGAUCUUGACUAACACAUUUGAAAGUGUUAGUGUUGGCUACAGGCAUUUAACAAGACUAAAUCUCUUUUAAUGCACAUCAAAAAGCUUGUUUAGAAAAGUCACUUUUUAGUUUUAAUCCCUUUUUGUGCACGUCCUAUCCAACUAGUUUAUCAGCCCUGACAAGAACAAUGUUUAUGCAAUGCAGUGAUCAUCUACAGGUAAAGAGGUGUACGAUAGAAUAUACAGGUUGCUGUUUUUAACCUUUUAAAAUGCAUUUGUCUUAUUUUCUAUUAGGAAAUCUUGACCGCAAGUAGGAGACUUUUUUAAUCAUACACUAUAUCUAAUCAUGGUUUGGUGACAGUUAAACAUUAGAAAUGGGUGCUUGAAACUUCUCGAGUUAAGCUGUCUUGCAACUUUGUAAAUUCACUUAAGAAAAUGCACACUAAUUACAGGGUGUAUCACUAAACUGACUUUUCGAGAAUUUAAAAAGGAAGCUGAUAUUUUGGCUUCAGCCUUGCUGUCUGGCUUAAAUUUGCAAAGGUUCUGAAUUCUGUAACAAUUUUAUGUCGGUAUCCUCGGUUAAAUAGACAGUCAAUACAGAGGCACACAUCUAUGGAAAUGCUUUGCAAAAACAUCAGACAGUAAUUUACUAAAGUGGGAAUUCUUGGGAAUUAAAUCUAACACCAAAAUUGCUAGUUUGGAAAGAAAUCUAUGUCAGUUAUGUUUCCAGUUCAACGAUUUUGUUGUGAAUUUUGAAAUUAAUUUAGAACCUAUUUUGACUUUCUGGCAAUUCUCACUCUCAUAAAUAACUUCUCAUUUUGAAGUCACUAGGCUACUGCUUGCUGCACAGGUGUGUAUGUUAAAGAAUUAUGCUGAAAUAAAUAAGUCUAUUAUGGAAAAUAAGAUUAUUUCUAAUAAUUUUGCUGGUCCACUUUGGUACUGCAAAUAUUUGUGAAUUUUGCUUCCAAUUAUGUCACGUGGCUAACUAAGCAUCAUAGCGUAUGUAGUGCAAAAGUGUUAUGGCUAGUUUGGCUAUUUUGACCGGUAAUGUGCAAUUAUGUUGCACAUCUUUUUGAGAUGCAUUUAUUGAUAUUGGGCCUAAAUGUGCAAAAUGUGAUAUUAAGAUCUCUCAUUUCGAAUCUGGACUGUCCGUAAGGAUGGGGAUGAGUCUGAUGAGCAAAUGGUAUAGCUUAUUUCUGUAAUGGCACGAGUGAGUAAAAAUACAUUUGAGAUCUGAGCAAAGACUAACUAAAUAGCAAGUAAUUUAGUUUUUCUGAAUUUUUUUAUUUUUUUUUUAUUUCCCCUAUUCUCAGAGUUGUAAAGGGGAUAUUCAGUCCUGAAGCAUGUGCCUGGACCCCAGGUGUCUGUGAGAAUCAUCAGUGCUGUUUGAAUACAGUAUUUUAUUUCAACAGAGGCCACAAUGUGAAACCUGAAACUACCAGGGAUCUCUUUAAAGGAAUGCCAUAGUUUUCGGAAUACAUGAAAACAUGUAUUCCUAAUACUAUAAUGCUGGAAUACAUAGUUAUGUUUCCGGCCCACCUCUCUGUGACGAUAAAAGGUAUUAAACUUACCUUUUUAUCCUUCGCUGUUGCUGGCCCCACCUCCAUGGCUGAGAUCAUCAAUCUCCCUUGGGAACACAUUGAGAGGCUACUGUGUAUGUGUGGCAAAACUCUCUGCGCCGCCAAUCGGCAUCUCCUCAUUGAAUCGGUACAUUUCUAUAAGGUGCGUUCACGCUGAACGUAGUUGCUGCACACUGUGCAACACUGGACUAGGAAGCACCUCUAGUGGCCAUCUGAGUGACAGCCACUAAAUGUCACUCAGCCAGCAAUGUAAAGCCUGUCUUUUCACUGAAAAGGCAGAGUGUACCGUUCUAUAAUUGCAGGGACAUGCAAUAGACACCAGAACCAUCACAUUAAGCUGUAGUGGUUUUGGGGACUAUAGUGUCCCUUUAAGAAGGAAUACUAUAGCGUUAGAAAGACAAAUAUUCCUAAUGCUAUAGUGCCCCCUGGUCAGGGAUACAUAUUCCUAAUGUUAUAGUUACCCUUGGUCACUGUUUAGGUGACCUUGCCACGGCUGCAAGAGUUAGAAAAAGAAAAAAAAAAGACAACAAAAACAGUUGAUUUACUUGCCUAUAAACUCUUACAGUGCCUGUAUCCUCCUUGCAGCUCUACCUCUUUGGCAGAGAUCAUCAAUGUUGAUGAUCUCAUCCAGUGCAUUCCAACUGGAAAGCCUUGGGAGGCUAGUGCGCAAGCGCAUUAUGCCAAUCACAUGGUCUCCUGAGAUCAUCUGACUAAAAUAGCAGAGUUUACGCUAUGUUACAUAAGUGCUAGAGGCAGGUUAACUCAGCAAUCUUUUCAACUGCUAGGUUUAAAGGGGAAUGGGACACAUGGCACCUAGAGCACUAUAGCCUAUAUUGUUACUUUUAAGACAGGUGUCGGGGGUGCCCAAAAGGUAGAUCCCAGAUGUUGUAGAACUUCAACUCCAGUGAUGCCUUGCAUGCUUUUAGAAUGACAAAGCAUCAUGGAGCUGUAGUUUUUAAAACAUCUGAGGAUCUAACUUUUGGGCACCCCUGCUUGAUCAUCUCCAUUAAUUAGUUUUUGAUUUUAGUUUUUGAUUUUACUAUUUGUUGGCUGCAAAAAUGCAGCAAAUUGCCAUUAAAAGAACUUUAAAGGGACACUGUGGAUACUUGGUUGUGGUGCCAAGACACGACCACUAAUUUAUUACACUGACACAGGAGGGUUUUAAAACUGUUUGUAUCUCUGCUUCAAUGCCUUGUCAAUCAGAGAGCUUGGAAUAACACCUUCUAGCUCUUGGCACCCAUAGCGUGCUAACAUGGAGACAGAGAUCACUUGCCCCGUCUCUGUGAUUAGCAUUGGGCACGCACAACUGUGCACAACACCUGUCAUCGUAGUAGAAUUGAAGUUGGCAUUUUAUAACUGGUGCCAAAAUGCAUCCCAGGCUAUAAAUGAGACUGCUGUGGAAGCUGUUUGCUCCACAGGACUAAUGGAAGUGACAGGCACGCUGGGCUAGAGUGCAUCUGUGUUUCCACUUUUAAAUUGGCUGCACUACAGUACAUUGAGAAGCAUUAAACCACUGCGGAUUUUGAUGCAAAAUAAGGGUUUCUUUAAGAGCAGCCUCUGUUUUGGUUAAUUCCUGGCACAAACUGAAAGUAAUUUUCUGCAGCUUUUAAAAGUGUUUUUUUCCCCCCCAUAAAUCCCUAAAGAAAACUUGCAGAAAAAAUGCAUGUUUUCUUUUGGGGUAUAUCUCCUUAAUAGUGUGGAUAAAAUAAUGUAUUAUAUGGAUUGAACGUUUUCAGAUUUUAUUUUUUUUCCAGCCCUGUACACUGUAUCGUUAUAUAAUUUUAUAUUACACCAAUACACUUUCUCUGUUUCUACGCAAGACAUACCAGUAAAAACCACGAAGGCCAAACCAAUAACAAUUGGAAAAACCUUUUGAUCUACACAAAUGCCAACACUCUCUUAACAAUGUAAAGAUAACAUUUUAUUAGCUAUAAAGUUAUACGUCAUGUGCCCUUUAAACAAUGGAAUGUUUAGAAUUGCCAUCCCAUAUUAUGUCCAUAUUCAUAGCUUGAAACCUCCCCCCCAAAUCUCUACAUAUCGUCCUAUAAAAGUUAGGUAUCAUUAGGAUCUGGUGAUAAGGGUUCAUGAUAAUAUUCUUGAAUUUGUUCAGCAUUGUGAAUGGGAUAUAGUCACCCUGAAUCUGAGGAAUAUCCUGAACAGAUUUUUGAAUAGUUAAAUACUUAAGCCAUUUGCAAGAGGUAUUGUGAGUUGAAAGAUAUCCUUUGGUUUUCUCCAAACCUAAACCUGCUCAGAUGUAGUAAAUAGAUUUGAAAGUGGGUAAUCAAAACCUGUAUUUUUAUUUCGGGCUUCUAUAGUAACUGCUGUUUUGAUACCUUUUUAUCACAAACUACAAAUUGUGUGUGUGUGUGUGUAUAUAUUAUAUACACACACUUUUGUUUACCCUAAAAGUAUUGCCAGUGACAUCUUAGACAUUUUUACAGUUCGGUAAUUUGAUAUAUUCUUUGGCACCUUAUCCAGGGUAAAGGUCUUCAUGCAUUAUGAACACCUAUAUUAGCUGCUCCUGAGAUAUAAAACAGAAUAUUCUUUUUAGGAACCAGAGGAAAAAAAACAAACAAACCUUUGGUAAAUAAAAAACAAUAAAUCCAAUAACCUUUCUGAGCAGUAUUUAAUAAUUAUUAUACGACAGCUUGUUUAAUGCACUGUCAUCAAGAAAAGUGUGUAUAGCCUAAUUAAGCAUUACAAAUACUGUGUGUUGUUUUCUCUUUAACAUAGUUGCACAUGUGUGUUUCUUUUGCUUAGAACAAGUUAAAGGGACACUGUAGGCACCCAGACCACUUCAGCUCAUUGAAGUGGUCUGGGUGCAAACUACCAUCACCCUUAACCCUGCAGUGGUAAUUCUUGCAGUUUUUAUAAACUGCAAUAAUUGCCUCUGAGGGUUAAUUCCUCCUCCUAGUAGCUCUAGACAGCCACUAGAGGGACUUCCGGAAUUGAAACAGACUUUCGGUCAGUUAUCUGACGCUGGACGUCCUCACGCUCUGCAUGAGGACCUACAGCAUCAGAUUUUCCCCAUAGGAAAGCAUUGAAUAACAGGUCGUGAAGGACAUAGUCAAGUUCAAUGGGCUCCCAAGGAUUGCUUAAUAGUACAUUGUUCUGAUGUAACUGGUGGGUGAGUUACGUCAUGUAGAAGGCAAACACAGCUUUUGAACAGAAACUUGAUUUUGCGUGCGUUGAUUUGGGGUUAUCUCGUUGAAUUGCAGUGUACAGCCACGGUAGCAAGCUGGCAUUGCUGAGGUAGGCGUGAACUCUUCCAUGCAUAGAAAGCAGAUGAGGCAUGCAGCUACUAAAUGGCUCCAGAUAUAUUUAUAACUCUCUCACACUACUUGCCUGUGUGUUUUUUUUUUUUGUUUUUUUUUUAUAUAUUUGAUUUGCCAAGUUAGUAGCGCAUUGAAAAGAGACGUGGGAUUGUCUGGCACUUGUGUUCUUGUUUUCUCUUUUGCAGCUCUAGAAUGACAGCUGAACACUAAUAAGAAACUCAUUCUUUCUGUUCCAAAUGGAUAAUUUAGCACUACACAAGGUUUUGUAUGUAGAUGUUGCCAAAAUCCUUCCGGUGCCAAUUUCAAUAGGCGGAGAUGAGCAAAUCUCACUUCAUCUAUUUAAAUGGGGACUUUUAAAAUUAUAUUUUAUAGGCAGCUUGUUAGGGUUUUUGAGUUGCGGGCUAAGAGUGAUUAUGUUCAACAACUAAUAGGAGGGGUCCUAGAUCACCUACUGUUCUAGGCUACACAAUCUUGUUUCAAAGUGAUACUCCAGGCUGAAGUUGAUCCAUAUUUUUUUUUUUUAUUGCAUUAUAAAAAUGAAAGGUACACUAUAGGGUCAGGAACGCAAACGUGUAUUCCUGAUCCUAUGGUGUUAAAAACACCAUCUAGCCACCCUAGCUACCUGCUGCCCCCUUAAUAUAGUUAAAGCUUACAUUUAUUCCAGUAUGCUGCUGCUAGCUCUGCUCCUGAUCUGCUUGCUUGGCUGACCUCAUCAGAAGUGGUGGUCUGAGCCAAUCGCAAUCCUUUCUCAUAGGAAAGCAUUGGAUUGUCUGAGACUGUCAAGUAGGCAGAUCAGUGGCAGAGCCAGCACAAGCCAAACACAGCCCUGGCCAAUCAGCAUCUCCUCGUAGGAAUGCAUUAAACAAAAGUUCAGUGUCUCCAUGCAGAGGGUGGAGACCCUGAAUGUGUAGCAGGAAGCACCUCUAGCAGCCAUCUGAGGAGUGACCAGUGGAGGUAUCCCUAGGCUGUAAUGUAAACACUGCAUUUUCUCUGAAUAGACUGUGUUUACUGCAAAAAACCUGAAGGGAAUGAUUGUACUCAGCAGAACAAAUACAAUAAGUUGUAGUUGUUCUAGUGACUAUAGUGUCCCUUGUAUUGCAUUAAAAAAAACAAAUGUACAGAACAUCUCUUCACUAUUUGAUGAUCUUUGUAGUGAGCUCUAACCAAAUUAAGGAGCUGACAGCUUCCCCCAAUGCAUUUAUUCCAUGUAAUGAGAUAUGUGUGUGUAUGUAUAUAUAUAUGUGUGUAUAUAUAUAUGUGUAUAUAUAUAUAUAUAUAUAUAUAUAUAUAUAUAUUAUUUACAAGCGUUUAGCAGUUAUGAACCACUGUGUGCAGGAAUAAUUUGACAGGAUGAUUUGAAUUGUUUUUGGUGUCAAACAAAACCACAUGCAAAUUUAUUUUCUUUUCUUCCCAGCUUUCCCGUGGUUUGGUAUGGAUAUUGGAGGAACGCUGGUAAAACUGGUUUACUUUGAACCCAAAGACAUUACGGCAGAAGAGGAGCAGGAAGAAGUUGAAAACCUUAAAAGUAUACGAAAAUACUUGACAUCAAACACUGCUUAUGGAAAAACUGGAAUUCGAGACGUUCACCUGGAACUGAAAAACUUGACCAUGUGUGGCCGUAAGGGCAAUUUGCACUUUAUACGCUUCCCAACAUGUGCCAUGCACAGGUUCAUUCAGAUGGGAAGUGAAAAGAACUUUUCUAGUUUGCACACUACCCUCUGUGCCACCGGAGGGGGAGCUUACAAGUUCGAAGAGGACUUCAGAACGGUAUGUAGGGGAAAGGGCAGCAAUGCACAAGUCACUUGCUGAGCAGAGUUUCAAAAUCCAUUACCAUUAUCACAAAAAGUUAAUGUUUUAAGUAUUUUUUUAACAUAAAAACACUGGAGAAGAAGGAAAUUUAGAACAAGGGGAUGUACAAGAUAGCUAAUGAUUUCCCACUUUUUCAAAAGACCUGACAUGGAUACAGAUUCCCAGACAAGGUUUGACUUUGCCUUAGAUGUGGCAUUUACAAAAAAAACAAACAAAAAAAAACAUGUUCUUCCUUGUGUUUAUAGAGCCGACUGUCUCUGGUAUCAGCUGACUUUGAAGGUGCCUCGUUACUGUUUGCAAGGGCAAACUGCAGCUCUGUUAUGUUUUGCUCAUGCUCCGCUGUAUUCUUUGUGUUUAUCUGAAUACAUUGGCAAGUUUACUUGCUAAAAGAAAAAUGAUACAUAUAAACUCUUGUUCUUGCAUUGGCAGUACAAUGCAAGUUCCGUUCUAGAAACAUUGAAUACCGUCUCCUGUUGUGAAGGCAGUUCUUGCUGUUGGGAAGGAAUUUUGGCAGUACUAUGUAGAUUGUUGCCCAUGUGCUGUGAUCAGCAUUAUAUCUUUCUAAGAUUUGAGUUCAGGCCUGAUUGUCGCCUGAUGUAUACCAGAUGGUCUGUCUACUGAGGACUAUAAUAAUGGUUCCCAUUUGAAAGCGGACAACAAUACAACUUGGCUAAAGCCAAAACAUGCAUGGAUUUAAAAAAAAAAAAAAAAAAAAUUUUAUUCUCAAUCUAGCCUGGAUUGUAACACCAUUUUACUUUGUAUAGUUAUGUUUAUUUGAAUUUGUUUCUAAAAUUGAAGAUAAUUUAAAGGAAGUGGUAAUUGUUGAUGGCUUACACCUUAGUAUCCACAACAGGAUCUUGUGUUUCAUUCUUGCAGAAUACAUUGUCCAAUGCAUAUCUGUGUCCAUUCCAAUAGACCUCCGUCUCUUGCACACAUUACUCAAUGGGUGCACAUUUCCACCAUGACUGCAGUGUCUGUGCAAAGAGUUCAGAUUUUGCAUUUACCUCACUAUUCUUGCUAUUAAUUUGAUGCUUGGAAAGUUACCAGAAUUGACCAAUGUCCAGUUUGGCCUUGGUUAAGGCUUUCUUGCGGUGGCACUAAAAAGGUUAAUUUCACAGGCAACCAUGACAUAGUAAGAUCUCACAUCUGGGUUCCCUAGCCGUGUAAAUUUUUAUGCUAUAAAAAUGCACUCUUUUUUAGGUCUGUGAAAAUGCAACUCCAUUUAGUAAUUGGCACCGUGGCUUUUUAUAUAGCGUUUGUUUAUUUUUUGACAGUGUAAUUCCAGUUAGUAAAAAGCAUUUUGGUGUUAUUUUGUGUCCAUAGGCAAACCUGAAAAAAAGUGUUGGGAAUUACUAAAUGGACCUUUUAUGGAGCGUAGGGAGUGGCGUACACACAAUCUGUGGGGUCCCGGUGCAAAACUGAUCCAUGGGGGCCCCCCACCACACUCUCACACACACUCUCACACUCACAUUCACACACACACAUGUUUUGUUCUGGUGGGUGUCAGUCAGGGAAGAUCUCGGUGGCAGUACCUGGAUAUACUAGGGGGCCUGAGUGUGUCUAAUAUUUGCCUCUGCUUCCACACCGCCCCAAUCAGCGCUUUGUAAUAUGUUGCCGCUUUAUAUUUAUGUCAGUAAUUCUAAUAAUUGCUUAAAUAGCUUAUUUGCAACCCACAAUAUUGAUGAUAAAGGAAAUGUGAAACUCAAUACACGGGUGCAGUUGUUUUUAGAAUAAUCUAAUACUUAUCCAUGUUUAAUAAACACCUGUGUGGUUUGUUGUUGUUAAAAGUCUUUUACAUUGCAUCAUUUCUCAGCUGCCAUGAGCAUGUUUUUUUUAAAUUUUAUUUUUUACAUUUUAAUGUAUUAAUAAAGAGGGAAGGUAAUGUCUUUCCGAGCAGGCCCUUUUUUUUUUGUAUGUUCUUUAGAAUAAUCCUGUGGUUUUUAUUUAAAAGAGCUGAGCAGCCUGUCCAACUAGUUAGUUGCCUGGCAACAAAGUGAGCCUGAACAGAGAAAGAGACACUAGCUAGCUGCAUUGAUGGUAUUUUUCCCAAGCAGAGUCACAAAGAAAAGAUUUGGAGCAAUACAUCAUCCGACUUGGAGAAACACCAGAGAAAGCUAUCCUGCCCUCCAGCAGUAUGUGACGGUCUACAGCAGGCUUGUAUCUAAAAUAACACAAAAAAAAAACCCCAUUAAUUAAAUGGUCAGUCUAGGUUAAAAUAUAGCCCCAUAGGUUUUAAUGCAUUAAAAUGGCUAAUUUAAUAAAAGGAAAAAAUGAGAACUUAUGUAGCUGCAGGCAGAUCCUUGCCAUACCAGGAUGAGUUGCUCUAUUCGGGAUCAUCUUGUUGUGUUCUGAUCUGUGACUGGUUUUGCCUCAUAGUUUCCUACCCAGCCAGUGAAUAUGGGAUAUGUAUUUUAUCUUCAAAGAGCAGUUCUAGACAUCAAAUAGGAUGAUUGGAACUGUUCAAUAAACUGAAAACAGCCAUAUUAUUAUUAUUAUUAUUAUUAUUAUUUAUUUUAUAUUUUUUUUACUGUACAUAGGUAUGUUGGUAUUGGGAAAGCCAUGAGCCGCCCCCCCCCCACCCCCCAGUUUUUUCAUUUUUAUUUUAUGUUGCUAUAAUUCACUGUGACAUGACCAUUCACUUUGCAAUGAUGUAUAGUGCUUAUAGUUCUUAAACUAAACCUUAUUAGUUGAUACUCAAGUUCAAAGUGGGCUAUUGAUUUUUUUUCUUAACGGCAAUUUUUCUAGCUUGGUUUAUUAUUUUUUAUGCCUAAAAUGUGUAAAUUUUCCACUAUUCUCAGUUUAGUGAAUGAACCCCGUGUGAAAUUUUAAGAAUUAAACGAACAAGCUACAAAAAAAGCAUUGCUGCUUUGUUAUAUGCAGUGGAGAAUUGCUUAAUAUUUGGAUUGACUGUAUCUUUUGUAAUAGUAGAUGCUCAGGCUAAAACAUUCAAACCCCAUCCCCAUUUAUUGGUUAAGAGUUUACAGUAAGGAGAUCGGGGUUGCCCAAGUCAUUUCCUUAUUUUUUGAUUUAACCUAGUAUGUUUAAUGAUUUUCUGUGGAAAUUGUACAACUUACGAACCUUGACAAUUUUUUUUUUUUUUUUUUUUUUCUCAUUCCGAAACCUAGAAUCCUACCAGUUAAUCUAGCUUUUAUUAUAGUAUGGGUAGCAGAAUACACAUGUGCUCCUCCACUGCUUGCUGAUAUUUGUUAGGACACGGUAAGAUUAUUGUAAAAAUAAUAAAAUACACCUUUUAAGUUGUAUGUUUAUUAUUUAAAGUUGUAUCCAUAAUACUGCACAUUUUAUAAUCCGAUAUGAUCUAAUCUUAAUUUAAUGUCAGUUUCUUUUGUGGAGAAUGUACUCUGCAACAAAUAACAUAAGUAGGAUUAUGCUCUUGGACUUUUUAUUUUUAAAUUUUCUGUAACUUCGUAUUGCAUUACAUUAGGUAGUGCAUUAUAAUGGAGAAAGGGGUAGUCUAUAAGAUAUCUUUAAAAAAGUUAGGAGCCAGUUUUUUUUUUGUGUAUUUUUUGUUGUUUUGUUUUUAUCCUUUCACAACAAAAAUAACUGAUCUUAAAGGGAUCCAGCUUAUUGCACUUGUUCUGGUGAGUAUAAUCCGUCCCUGCAGGCUUUUCAAUGUAAACACUUCCUUUUCAGAGAAAAAGCAGUGUUUACAUUGCCGCCUAGGAACCUCUCUAGUGGCAAUCACUCAGUCACUAGAUGUGCUUUCUAGUACAGUGCUGCAUAAUGUGUAGCACCUACGUUCAGCAACACGCUCUGCAUGCAGACACUGAACUUUCACCAUAGAGAUGUGUUGACUCAAUGCAUCUCUACGAGGAGAUGCUGAUUGUUUUAGAGACGUGUUUUGCCCCAUGUGCAAUAGCUUCUCAAUGUUUUCCUAUGGGAAUGCAUUGCAUUGGCUGAGAUCAAGAUUGAUUUAUCUCAGCCAAUCAGGUGGUGCCAGCCACAGCAAGACUUGUGCGGUCUAGGGAAAAAGAGUAAAAACCUCUUUCUCAUGCAAUCAGAGGUGGACCGGUCAACUAAUUAGUUUAACACUAUAGUGUUAGGAGUACUAAAGUGUUUGUUUUAUUUAUUUAUUUAAUUUACACUUACAGAAUAAAACCAAAUGUCAUGGGCAUUUUAAUGCAUAUGCAGGUAAUGAAGAAUAUAUUAUGAUGUGAUACACAUCAGAUGUUUAAAGGGAUUCUCCAGUGCCAGGAAAACAUAUCAUAUGCAGGACCCUGUAGUGCCCCUCUCCCUCCCACCCCCCCAUCCCAAGUUGCUGAAGGGGUUAAAACCUCUUCAGUGACUUACCAGAGUCCUACGUCAAUGUCCCUAGGCGCUGGGUCAGGCUACGCCUACUCUCCUCCCCCGGCGUUAGCCGGCGGGGGAGACCUAAUGCGCAUGCGCGGCAAUGGCCGCGCACGCGCACUUGACCUCCCCAUAGGAAAGCAUUAUUCAUGCUUUCCUAUGGGGAUUUCGAGGACAUUGGAGGUCUUCACUUAGCUUGAGGACGUCCAGCAUCGCUGAAAACGUUUUUGUUUUGUUUUGUUUUUCUAUGAACACGGAAGUCCCUCUAGUGGCUGCCACUAGAAGAGGAGUUAACCCUGCAAGGUAAAUAUUGCAGUUUAUGAAAACUGCAAUAAUUACACUUGCAGGGUUGAGGGUAGUGGGAGUUGGCACCCAGACCAUUUCAAUGGGCAGAAGUGGUCUGGGUGCCUAGAGUAUCCCUUUAACUUGGCCUUUUGUGGCCAUGAACAUUGUAUCAUUUAGUUUUUUGUUUUAUAAUUUUUUUUUGUACCAUUACUUACAAACACACACACUGACAUACACAAUCUUAAAUUAUUAAUUUACAGCCUCCUUACUUUUCACAGAGCAGAAGUGGAUCCUUUCCCUCUGGUCCAGUGUGGCUGCUGUGAACCUGUAAGCUCUUCUUGCUUUGCUCCAUCAUGUGCCGUUUAGUGAUGCCAGGGCCGGAGUGAUGUCAUAUUCCAGCUCCCUGCAUCACCACAGCGGGUGCGUGAGGGAACAAAGCAAGAAGAGCAGAUUACAGCUCACUGCCUGCCUCGGGCUGCCCCAAGGUGACCAGCCAGCCACCACUUGGACUCCUCCCCAUGACAGGCGUAAAACAAAGGGCCCGGUCGCACUUGACACCAGGACAAAAUUCCUAGUAGCCAUGGCGACCUGGCGCCUGGGAUUUGUUGAGCCCUGAUAUAAUGUAAAACCACAAUUCAAUAUCCUUGGGACACCCAUUACAUUGACAACAUAUCUGGAGAUAAUACCUUGACCCACAAGAUUGCACAAUAGCAUCGCGUCUUAUGAAUUCAGGAUCCGACUUCUACUACUCUUCUUAUGAUCCCAUCUAUAAGAAGAUUUAUUCUUAUGAAUAGAACCCAGUGUGUCUUGAUGUCUAAAUUCCGAUUCUUGUUUAGGAGUGCCGUUUUGUAGGACAAGACAUUAUUAUCCCCAGAUUAUAUUGCACAAUGUGUUUUUGUUCUUAUGUAUGUUUUAGGUGGAUGUGUACACUACUGGAUUUCAAGUGCAUUAUAAAUGUAGAAACUGUAAAAAUAAAAAAUCACUUGGUCCCGUGUUCCAAUCCCAGCAGAAUGAACUCCAUUUUCCAACCUCUGUUUGUCAACAAAACUACCGUUGAGUUGGCGGCAUUCCAAUGCGUGCUCAAAAAGGAAAACCGUCUAUCAUUUGUUCAUUCUUGGUAAAAAGGGGACUGCAAAGAAAGUAGGGAGCUAGACAUUUUGGUGAAAUGCAUGAAUGUAUUACACCACUUACAAAUGUUGAUCAUUACUUUAUUAAUGCAAAUUUUUCCACGAGUUGGAAAAUGCAUUUACCUUAGGGUAGCUAAAGUUUUAUUGUAUGGAAACGCCAGUGAAAGUUUAGCUUUAAAGUUUAGCUUCACCACCACCAGUGUGAUCUCGAGGUGGGUAGUUUAUGAAUGAGCAGCUAUAUACAAGUGCGAUUUUGUCUGGAAUUCAAAAUGAAUUUCAAAUUUUAGGCCACAGAAUCUAAAUUGGAAAGAUUCUCGACAUCCUCUAUGUUUUCAUUUCAGCUAACACCUAAUAUUUAAAUUCACUUUGAGUGAAUAACCCUAUAGAUUAGGUUACAAAUAAUUGAUUAUGCAUGUGCUAGCAGAUAAGAUGUGCAAUGUAUUGUGAGUAUUCUUUCCUGCUAAGUAAAACAGUUAUUUUUCAUGAUCCUUUAAUCAUUGUUUUUCAUUUAAUGAUUUUCUGUUUUGCUCAUGUGUUUUCUGGGAAAAAGUAAAAACUUGUGUGAAGGGUGUCGGAAAUGUAGCUCUUUGGUCUUAAUUGUAAUUAUUAUUAUUGCCAUUUGUAUAGCUCCAAUUUAUUCUGCAGCGUUUUAAAAUAUUUUUAAGGGGGGGAAUUUAACAACAAAUGAGACAAAUUAUUACUAAUUGUGACCAGAACAGGUUAUUUUAUUUUAUGCGAUUUAGCAAAAGACACAUUAACAACUUUAAGCAUUACUUUUUGUAAUGUUUAGUUUUUCAGCCUAUUUCUGAAGUUUAAUACUAUGCUAUCAUUUAGGAAAGUGGUGAGUUCUACUGUAGGUGUCCUUUUAUGUUCAUAAAGUACGCAGAAAACUGAGUUACUGCAUUAACAUACGACAACUCUGCCACAAUAUGGUUGCCGUAGCUUCAAUGUGUUUUUUUAAAGCUGUAAAAUAGCUAUAUUUAUUCCAUAUGGAAACAUUUACAGAUAUUCUUAAGUAAAAGUAUCGUGCAAAUGUAUCGCCUCACAGACGGAACAUAUCUUGGGUUUCAUAGUAUUACAAUUUGCGUGUUGUGACCUAAAAUUUCCCAUUCCUUUGUAGAUUCUUCACCUGUUCCACUUUAGUGAAUAAACAUUUGUGUAUUAAGUCAGUGCAACAAUUAUCUAGCUAUCUAUCUAUCCAUAUUUUUUUAUUAUUUUUUUUUUUACUAAUUCCUAUCUCCUCUGAAAGCAUGCUUCCCUGUUUUUGUUAAAGGACUUUUUUAUUUAUUUAUUUUUUAUUUUUUUUGCUUUUAAGAUUAAUUUUUUUUCACAAAUAUGCUUAUUUUUCUGUUAAUGUUCCACAACAUAUUUUACAGUCAAAAACUGACCAAAGUCUAAUUAAUUGAAACCUGAACUUUUGAUCAUGUACAGUUCAGGUUACAUUGCAACAUCUUACCGGUAAUACAUUUAAAAGCUCAAAGUGCUGGAAAAUUGCUGUUUGCCCUUGUCUUUACAAUAGCUGUAUCCUCUGCUCUACUUAGACCUGCUAUUCAUUAACUUUUGUAUCUCUCUUUCUCUCCCCUUUUUUUUCUGCAGAUAGCGGACCUUCAGCUCCAUAAACUGGACGAGCUAGACUGUUUAAUCCAGGGUUUGCUGUAUGUUGACUCCGUGGGGUUUAAUGGCCGCCCAGAAUGUUAUUAUUUUGAAAACCCAACUGUACCAGAACAGUGUCAGAAAAAGCCAUAUUGCCUUGAUAACCCUUAUCCGAUGUUGCUGGUUAACAUAGGAUCAGGUGUCAGCAUACUUGCCGUAUAUUCUAAAGACAACUAUAAAAGAGUAACGGGAACAAGGUAAAUAACAUUUCUCAUGCAUGAUUUUUUUUUUUUUUCCCCGAUUACCCUAAAUAAUCUCAAUGGAAAACCUUUAUGCUUGUUUCUUUUAACAGUGUGCUAUACCUUUAAAUAUUGCCAGACAUCUUUAUGAUGUAGGCAAUAUACAUACUGGUAUUCGAAUAUAGAUAUGGGUCUUCAAUGCUGAAUGAAGAUCUCUGUAUCUAAUGGAGAAACAGGUAGUGUAGUCUAGCAUACACUUAGUUUGGUUAUACUUAAAGGAACACUGCAGUGUUAGAAAUACAAAGCUGUAUUCCUAACAUUUAUGUGCUCCUCUCUUACCAAUGUCCAUCCUCCAACGUCGGCAAUGAAGGCAAGCUAAUUUUCAAGGUGUUGCAUGUCCUCAUCGGAGACAGCCACUACUGCAGUGUUCUACAUUGAUGGGUUAAGGGAACAGGGACACCGCACUAAGACCAUAGUGUCCCUUUUAAUAUUACCUUUUCCUGCUGUGACAAUUCAACGUCAAUCGCUAUGAACAAAAUAACCUAAUUCUAUAGCCAAACCUAUAGCCGGCUUAAAACGGCCUUCUCUGUACUACUAGAUAUUCAUAAAAGUUACUUGCCUGGAUACAUGGCACCGAAGUUACCGCAUUAAAGUGAACCUGUAACGACAAGUUCUUUUUAACUUUAGCUCCCUAGAUACUGCUUUGGUAUCUAGGCAAAGAAAUAAAUGUUGCAGUAGUUUAAUUCUGUGCCAACAUAAUUUGUUAGUGCUCACACUAUUUCAAAGGCUGUUUUUACUUUGUGCAGACCUCUUGUAAUGGGGCACUGAUUGUUUGGGGUUUCAGUUUAGUUCCUAGCUACAGCCUUCCAGCUGCUGUUGGAUUGUACGAGAUUAAUAGUUGUUGCUGUCAAGUAUCCAGAGAACUACAAAUGGUCGCCCAGGGAGUAGUCAAUUAGUUCUCAUCCUUCUCAUUAGUCAUUCUGUGCAGACUGUCUUAGUGUCUUUUAAAAAUACACUGAAGUGUUAUUUAAAAAAAACAAAACCACAAUUUAAAAAAAAUCCUAAUUUUCCCUCCCAUAUAUUUAGUGGGUGAACUACCUUUUGGAAUGCUCUGCGUGUUAUCUUAUAAUGUUCUAUAACAGGAAUAUCUAAUAUUUCUGUGUGUAUUACACAGUGCUGCAAUGAGUUAAAAAAAGAGCUUAACGUGCUCAUCACAAUGUAAAUGGCAUUCUUUGGGUAGUCUCUCGUCUAUUAAAGUGCAAGUGUCUAAAUUCACUUUUUUCUAUACAUUUGAAGUAAGCAGUGUGUUUAAUAGGCAUACUCUUCAUCAUGCUUUUGCAUUUUAUUUAUUUUUAUUUACAUGAUGUGAUCUGUUAAACAGCUUAUCAAUUUUUUCUUUCUUUCUUUGGUAUGGUAUUUUUUGUGUGUGGUUUUCCUCUACCCAAUUUGGUAUUAUUCUGUCUCCCCCACAACAGCUUUUAAACAACACACACACAAAAAAAACCUGCUCGUAAUAUCUCUUUAAAUCCGUUAUGGUUACUAAUACCUGUGUCUGUUACCUGUUCUCAGUCUUGGUGGAGGCACAUUCCUUGGCCUAUGUUGCUUGCUGACUGGUUGUGAAACGUUUGAAGAAGCUCUGGAAAUGGCAGCCAAAGGAGACAGCACCAAUGUUGAUAAACUGGUGAAAGACAUCUAUGGCGGGGACUAUGAGCGAUUUAGUCUUCAGGGCUCUGCCGUAGCUUCCAGGUGAGUGUGUCUCUUUGAUUCUUGAUCUGAACUCAAAAUUCCUUAUCUUUAAAGGAAAGGUAAAAUUAUUAAUUAUUUUAUGUAAAGUAAAUUAGUUAUUGUAUAUCCAUGUGUGUUUUUAAAUCAGAAUUUUCACUUCACUUUAAUUCUUUCUUCUACAAUAGAGGGAUGUUAGGAGGGAACUUAUCUUUCCAACUAUUCUUUGUCCAGAGUGAUAUCACCCCAUUAUGAUAUAGCUGACUCCAUAUAUACACGAGAGAGAAAUCCAGGUGCCAGUCUUAAGAUGGGCACUGUAAGACUAUUUAAUAGCAGUACAAGUUGAAGAAAAAUAAAAUGCAUGUUAUUUUUAUUUUAUUGCCGCAUUCCACUGUAAUGAAAUAUGCAAUGUGUGAAGUUUUUGUAUAGAAUGUUUGUGUAUAUGUGAGUGUUAAUGCAUGGGUGGCAAGGCAUACAUAGGAUGUCUGGCACCUUUCACUCCCACACACAUAAUCCCUUCAAAAAUGCAAACACAACCCAGUUGAACCUCGUAGACACAUACAUACAGUUGAACCUCGUAGACACAUACAGUUGCAAGAAAAAGUAUGUGAACCCUUUGGAAUGAUAUGGAUUUCUGCACAAAUUGGUCAUAAAAUGUGAUCUGAUCAUCAUCUAAGUCACAACAAUAGACAAUUACAGUCUGUUUAAACUAAUAACACAAAGAAUGAAAUGUUGCCAUGGUUUUUAUUGAACACACCAUGUAAACAUUCACGGUGCAGGUGGGAAAAGUAUGUGAACCCCUAGACUAAUGACAUCUCCAAGAGCUAAUUGGAGUGAGAUGUCAGCCAACUGGAGUCCAAUCAGUGAGAUGAGAUUGGAGGUGUUGGUUACAGCUGCCCUAUAAAAAACACACACCAGUUCUGGGUUUGCUUUUCACAAGAAGCAUUGCCUGAUGUGAAUGAUGCCUCGCACAAAAGAGCUCUCAGAAGACCUACGCUUAAGAAUUGUUCACUUGCAUAAAGCUGGAAAGGGUUAUAAAAGUAUCUCCAAAAGCCGUACUGUUCAUCAGUCCACGGUAAGACAAAUUGUCUAUAAAUGGAGAAAGUUCAGCCCUGCUGCUACUCUCCCAAGGAGUGGCCGCACUGUAUACCACAGAGGAAGCUACUGCUGUCCAAACAAAACAUUGCUGCACGUUUACAGUUUGCACAAGAGCACCUGGAUGUUCCACAGCAGUACUGGCAAAAUAUUCUGUGGACAGAUGAAACCAAAGUUGAGUUGUUUGGAAGAAACACACAACACUAUGUGUGGCGAAAAAAAGGCACAGCACACCGACAUAAAAAAAAACAAGAAAAAAAGUAAGCGCUAAAUAACAGUGGAGCUGUAGCCUUUAAAGGGGAUCCCUCAGAAAGCCCUCAAAUACAAUUAGGAUAAAAAACAAACAGAGAUAAAUAUAAAUAUGAAAUAAGUCUUAGCUGAUCUUUAGAUCAAAUAGUCCAUAAAAUGCUGGUUCAGGAACGUGCUUGUUCAGGGGUAAUAUCCUCGCUGUUCUUCCCCAGGGAAGUUCAAUAUAAUGAAAUGAUAAAACAGAUACAGGAACCAAAUAGUGUAGUACAUCCAAUAUGGUACAGGAGAUAGAAAGAAGAAAGGUAAUGCACUCACAUGUGAUAGAGCUAUAGCUAGCUCUUAGUAUGAAAGGCAUACAGCAGUAUGAUCCCCGCUUAUGGGAUAUGGUGCAGACUUCUUCUUCCAAGGGUAUGUUCCACACUCAAAUAAAAUAGAAAGGAGAGACAACCAAUAGUGCUCACUGGAUAAAAUAAAUUAAAUUAAAUAAAAGGAUACUCACAAGAGUGGAGCAGGCAAACUGCUACUUGACGACAGCGUUGGUGGUAUGAUCCCCACCUCAGGAUUACUUAGAGUCCAAGAGAAUAAAAUGCCAGGUAAAAAAUAAAAGAAUAAAAAUGUAUGUAUGUUUGUAUGUAUAGAGUGUAUUUAAAAGAUGAUUGGUACAAAUAAAAAGUGACCAAAAAAUCUUUAAUAGGAUAAAAUACACAAAUUUGUGUAUUUUAUCCUAUUAAAGAUUUUUUGGUCACUUUUUAUUUGUACCAAUCAUCUUUUAAAUCAUCUCUGUUUGUUUUUUACACCAACAUCAAAACCUCAUCCCAACUGUGAAGUAUGGUGGUGGGGGCAUCAUGGUUUGGGGCUGCUUUGCUGCAUGAGCGCCUGGACGGAUUGCUAUCAUCGAAGGAAAAAUGAAUUCCCAAGUUUAUCAAGACAUUUUGCAGGAGAACUUAAGGCCAUCUGUCUACCAGCUGAAGCUCAACAGAAGAUGGGUGUUGCAACAGGACAAUGACCCAAAGCAUAGAAGUAAAUCAACAACAAAAUGGCUUAAACACAAUAAAAAACGCCUUCUGAAGUGGCCCAGUCAGAGUCCUGACCUCAACCCGAUUGAGAUGCUGUGGCAUGACUUCAAGAAAGCGAUUCACACCAGACAUCCCAAGAAUAUUGCUGAAACAGUUCUGUAAAGAGGAAUGGUCAAGAAUUACUCCUGACCGUUGUGCACGUCUGAUCUGCAACUACAGGAAACGUUUGGUUGAAGUUAUUGCUGCCAAAGGAGGUUCAACCAGUUAUUAAAUCCAAGGAUUCACAUACUUUUUCCACCUGCACUGUGAAUGUUUACAUGGUGUGUUCAAUAAAAACAUGGCAACAGACUGUGAUUGUCUAUUGUUGUGACUUAGAUGAUGAUCAGAUCACAUUUUAUGACCAAUAUGUGCAGAAAUCCAUAUCAUUCCAAAGGGUUCACAUACUUUUUCUUGCAACUGUACAUACAGUUGAACCUCGAAGACACGCACAUACAGUUGAACCUCGAAGACACACAAUUACAACAUAAGAAACCAUAAAAUGGGGGGGGAGGGGGGAGGAAUGACACUGGAAACCAUAUCAUUGUUUACUAUGACCUCUGGGUCUCUGGUCCUGCUAAAAUGUCUGAUGGAAAAAUUAGACUGGGAGACUUCUUCCCAUAUGCUUGGCAUCAGCUCUGAGACUGGUCUUCAAGUACAUCUAUCUCUCACUACCUUACAGCAUUUUACAAACUAGAAGCAAAACUUCCUGCGUUGGCUGCCCCACUGUACUGUGUGUAAUAGCUGUCAGCCAGAGCAGUUAUAUUGGUGACUGUCCGUCUCCCUGUAUUAAUUCCGGUCUCUAGCAUUCCUCACCAGGAUGUCCUUGGAAGGAGGGGGGAUAUCUGUGUGGUGUUUUCGGUGGUACCGCUUACCCUGGUACUCACCCUAUGAAUACAUGCAUCAUAUGUUCUGGAAUCUGCAGGGAAAUUAAUUUAGAAUGCAUGCACAACCAAGCAUUCCUAUGAGCGGUUAUAUAGUGUAAAUUUAAAAAUUGCUCAGAUAAUAAGCACAUACCAUAGCUAACUUUAGGUUGAGUACGUUUCUCAUAUGUGACAAUUCUACUUUAAAAGUAGAAUCCAGCCACCAUAACUACUUAUGGUGUCAGGAGCUUUUUUUUGCAUCAUGUGUAUCUGCAAAAUAAACAGUGCAGCUAUUUUAUUAUUGAUUUAUAACUUCGUAUAUUGCAUUACAUUUUUAAAUGUAAACCUUUUUAAAAGCCGCACAUCAUAGUGAGCUUCCAGCUUCUUCCUUGCCUGUGUAGACCAUUCUUUUGCUGAACAUAAUUCACCCAGGCGCCUUUUUGAUUGAAAUUAUCUUGUGGAGGCUGAAAAAGUGCAUUCUGUGAUCUCUCUUAAUAAAUAUAGCAAUUUAUUUUUGUUUGUAACAAGAUUGUCUGUCUGCCAAGAUCAGAAGUGUCACACAGACUAUUGCCACUAUCCCCAAGGGCUAGUGGGCUUCCUAAAUUUGGAACAAAUGCUAUCAUCACAUUUUAUAUGCAUCCAGUUUGUGAAAUAAGACACCCACAAAAGAGAAAUUGUGCACAUAUUGACUUAGUUUUAAAAUCACUUUCUGUACCCUUGUCUUAUUAAACUAAAUCCCAAUAUGGAAGCCUUCAAAUGUAAUUAACCCAUGGCAUAUCAUCAGUUAAAGAACAGUUCUGACUUUAUAUAUCAUGAUGUUUUUAAAGCACUUUUUAUUUAUCAUUUUUGUGGUACAUGUGUACGUGUUAAAGGACCUCUCUAGGCACCCAGACCACUUCAGCUUAAUGAAGUGGUCUGGAUGCCAGGUCCUUCUAGGGUUAACCCAUUCUUUUAUAAACAUAGCAGUUUCAGAGAAACUGCAAUGUUUAUCAAUGGGUUAAGCCUUCCCCCAAAUCCUCUAGUGGCUGUCUCAUUGACAGCCGCUAGAUGCGCUUGCGUGGUUCUCACUGUGAAAAUCACAGUGAUAGCACGCCAGCGUCCAUGGGAAAGCAUUGUGAAUGCUUUCCUAUGCGACCGGCUGAAUGCGCGCGCAGCUCUUGCCGCGCGUGCGCAUUCAGCCGACGGGGAGGAACGGAGGAGGAUCGGAGGAGGAGAGCUCCCCGCCCAGCGCUGGAAAAAGGUAAGUUUUUAACCCUUUCCUCCUUCCAGAGCCGGGCGGGAGGGGGUCUCUGAGGGUGGGGGCACCCUCAGGGCACUAUAGUGCCAGGAAAACGAGUAUGUUUUUUCCUGGCACUAUAGUGGUCAUUUUAAUGUGUACCUUUGGUAAGCAUGCUUGUUUUUGAGAUUACAAUUGUCAGUGUCAAUCAUUUUUAGAUUAAUUAUAUUUAUGUAACUGUAUUUUUCCCAGCUUUGGCCACAUGAUGAGUAAGGAGAAGAGAGAUUCUAUUAGUAAAGAGGACUUGGCCAGAGCUACCCUGGUCACCAUUACAAAUAACAUUGGAUCCAUUGCACGCAUGUGUGCAGUUAAUGAGGUAAGCGCUCACGUUAUUUCUACAGCAUGCGUUAUUUGUAUGGUAAUUCAUUUGUAGCAUAUUUUAUAAAUGUUCUUGAAGUUACCAUUUUGUUCCUUUUAUAGAAACAUGAUCGUGUUAAGGAUACACAUUUUUAUUCCUUAUGCUAAAGUGUCCUGUAGCAAUUUAGAUGACCUCCCCCCCCCUCCCCCCCCUUAAGCUUAUGAAAAGGUAGUUCACUUCACUGCGGUGCUUUCUCUGUGACUGGUCCUACCUCCAUGGCUGAAAUAAUCAAAAACAAUGCUGUCCCCAAAGCAUGGAGACCCAUCUGAUAGAAAUUGUUUAGUUUCACUCUGCUAUUUCUACAGGGGGGCCUCUAGUGGCUGUCAGUGGUUGUGAAUGUAAACCUUGCCUUUCCUGCACAACCACAGUGUUUGCAACUGUAGGUGUAAUACUACUGGGAUGUGGCACUACUGGGAGAUUAAGUGUUAUGGGUGCCUAUAGUCUCCUUAUUAAAAAAAAAAAAAAAAAUUCCAAACUUAAUUUGGAAUUACGGAGGAGUCCAAAAGUUUUCGUGAACUUCAUCACAUGCCACUUUUUACACUUUACCUGUGUGACAAAUAAAAACAUUAGGUGCAUACAUAAUUUUCCAGUGCACUUCAUGUAAUUUUUUGUUCAAAAACUGCAAGAGUACGGUAAGGUGUCCUGUUAUAUAUAUAUAUUUUUUUUAAUGCAAAGGCCAACUGAAUCUAAAGUCGAUAGAUCAUUCAAAAUAGCACAGCCACGAUUUGCAUUGUUUUAAUUUUUUCGUUAAAACAUGCUUGAUUUUUGCUAGUAAAGCUAGUGUAAAAAAAAAAAGCUAGUAUAAAGUGAUCCUGAUUGUGUUUUAUUUAUUUAUUUAUUGCAAAUUAGGCAUCAAAUUCUCUCUCAUUUAACCACUUAUAGGGUUUCAUGUUAAAAUCAGAUUUUAAUUUUCUUGGAUCUUAACCUGAUGAAAAUUUUUUAGCCAGUAGGACAUGAACCUUUUUAUAAUACAACAUGUAAAGGAAGUUUUGGCACUACACAUAACUGGCGUAUUAAAGGCUGGGUGGCAGAGUGGUCGUUCUGCCCUGAUUGACAGCCAGGAGAGAGGUGCACAUAUCAUCCUUCUCUUAUGUCUGCACUGUUUAAUUGUUUUGGAUAUUUAUCUAAAAAAAAUAUGCAAAACUCUUGAACUUUGUUUUGAAAUGGGCAACUGUUUUGUUUUUCCUUCUCCACUUAUUUGUUAGCCAAAUAUGAUUAUAUGCAAAAUGUUGCACUGCUUUUGCACAUACAUAAAGACAAUGCCGUAUUGUUAUUUUGAACAAGAUAUCUUUCUCAUGGCUAGCGUGUGUCUUGUGUGAUUCAGCUCUUUAUUUUCCAUUCCCUGUGAAGUCUUAUCAAAUGUAAAACUAGGAUUAGUGCUAUAAAUUUAUUGAAUACAUGAACUUUAUUUAAACCAUUUUGGGAAGACUUCCAAACAUUUUUUUUUUUUUCUUCUUCCUUUUGUUAGGCUUGCAAAUUCAAAGUUCUUUAAACUAGGAAUUGCUGGUUCUGGAAUUGCAAAAUAAGCUACAAAAUGUUAGUCGUUCUUUUCCUUAAAAGGGCAUUUUGGCUUAAAGUUUGCAAUUCAUUGGGAACGACUUGUUUUUACGAAAUAACCCUUACCCAGACUGUAAAGGAAACCCAAAAAUAUGUAUACCAACACCCCCUUCCACACAACUAAAUCAGGCCAGGGUUUUACUGUGGUUUCUUUGGGCACCACUGCUGCCUCCUGAGAUAAUGACGUAGUUUCACUUGUGUAAUAUAUGUCCAAAUAUGCUUUGAAGAAAUUGAUACGUUGUAAGCCCUCUGGUUGGGCUAGCCUGACAUUUUGUAGCCUGUAACUAUGACGGAUUAGAACAGGAAAUUGUAGAAGUAAAACUUUUUUGUAAAGGGAGCAGCAAAAUUGUUAUGUCUGUGAUUGACAACAAAUGCUGAGUUCAGCAGUUCUCAUUACUAGAAACCUAUCCAUGACCGGAAAACUUGGUUCAAUUUUGAUGGGUAUUGCAAGCCUGAAGCUUUCAUAGCAGCAGAGAGGACAGGCUUUGGGUGCUGGAAAAUCUCAGCUGUACCCAAAGAACUGCUUGCACCAUAACUACUACAAACAGCUGUACUGGUUGUAAUCCUAUGUGUGUCCCAAUAAUCACUGUGAUUUAUAAAUAUGUUGUAUGUUGUUUGCGCCGGUGUGUAAAGACAAUCCUUUACAGUGUAUGAUUUCUGGACAUCUUGGGAACAAACGUUCCAACAUCUGAUGUCAUGUGAGUAAAACGCGUUUACUGCUUUCAGCUUCUUUACAGUGUUGCCUUGUGGCAUGGAGUUCAAGCAGCAUUGUACAGGGCUAUCAAAGCAUUAAGCACUUCGUCUCGACUGAUUAGGGUGACAGUUCUACUUUUGUUUUAAUUUAUUUUUUUAUUCCUUAUGUUCUCAUCCUACCUCCGGCACUAAUAAGCGCAAUGUUAGGAGAACAAAAUAUAUACAAAAAUAUUUUGCCUUUGCCAGCGAUUGUUUGUUAGCUAUGUGUGAUAGUCAUAUGAAGAGUGCAUAUACAGAACUAUUUAUUGUGGAACAAUAAUAAUAAUAAUAAUAACAAAGUAUUUAACCAGUAAAGGCACAUUCAGAUUACUCUGGUUUUCAAGUGUGUCCUAGGGAUGUUACUUUAGCCCAACAUCCAGGGGUUGUUACAAUUACCCAAUUUAAUGGUACUCCUUUUAUCUACGUCGGAAGAAUGAAGGGCUGAGUCAACCCUGCCGGGAUUCGAACCUGCUAACCAAGGGUUGAACAGAUUCUACUGAAUAAUGCCAUUGAAUGGUUCUUGAGACAUAAACAAAAAUACUAAAUGUUAAAGUGAAGUACUUUAUCAGACCUAUAAAAACACCCUGAUACACAAACAAUAUCUUACAUCUGAUGGCAAGUAUAAGAGAGUGAAGCAUUGGGACCUGGUGUGACUGAUGGAUAUUUCAGGAUAGGGUCCAAGGGUAUACAAAGUAUACCAAGAAGAAAACUGGGAAUUAUUGCCUUAUUCAAAUUUAGUUUUUAUGAAAUUGUCUUCUGAUUAUUAUUUUGUGUAAUUACAAGUGUGUGUAUAGAGCAUACAAGAAUGUAGACUGUAAGCUUCACAUGAGUCCUUGGGAUUUUCUACCAAAUGGUUCCCGAUUGGCUAGUGACUGUUUAUUUGUUUUUUUGGGGUUUUUUUGUUUGUUUUUUUUAAGCAGAUGUGUACUUGGACUCGACGUCUUCAGUUUAUGUACUAUGACUGUUGGAAUACAUAACUUCUUAGAUGUGGUUUUUGUCUUGGGCAUAUUUUAUAUUGGUAACCUACUCGUUUUAUGUUGGAAAUCAACUCGAUGUUUCUAGUUGUCACUCAUUACCUUUUCCUGAAAAAAUCAAAGAAAAUAUAUUGUUUUUAUUAAAUUACAAUAUAUAAUUUUUUCAAGUGUCUGUUUUGUAUGGAUUACCAUGUAAUUCACUCAUUAUCUUGCAGAAUAUCGACCGCGUAUUAUUUGUGGGAAACUUUCUCCGAAUAAACAUGGUUUCCAUGAAACUUCUGUCUUAUGCAAUGGAUUACUGGUCAAAAGGACAACUAAAAGCACUUUUCCUGGAACAUGAGGUAAGUGGACCAGCCAUUAAUAAGACCUAGAAAAGUGAUUGCAUGUGCCAAUAUAUUCUGUUGAAAAAACUAUGCUAUUUAUAAGAUGUUCUAAUAUUUAAAGGGACAAUAUAGUCAGCAAAACAACUUUAGCUUAAUUAAGCAGUUUCAAUGUUUAGAUCAUGCCCCUGAAAUCUCACUGUUAAUUCCUUUUCAAUUUAGGGGUUAAUUCGCUUUGUCAAUGCUGCUUUGGGGACACACCUUCCCCAUCUUAGACUCACACAGCCUCCCUACACCCUUCUAUUGAAGAGAUCUAAUUUGUAAUCUUCCUUUAUUGCACAGUCACUGCAUGCUGUAGUAGUGAUGGUCCAUGAAGCAUGCCACUAAAUUGGAAAUUGGUUAGGUCAGGGGUGGGCAAUCUGCAGCACUCCACAUGUUUUGGACUACAUCUCCCAUAAUGCUCUUAGGUCCAUAAUGCUAGCAAAGCAUCAAGGGAGAUGUAGUCCAAAACAUCUGGAAGGCCACAGAUUACCCACCCCUGCGUUGGGUAGAUCAGGCAAAAACAACUUGGUGACACUUUCUAAAAAAAAUUUUUUAUUUUUUUAUUUUUUAAUAUCAUCUUUGUAGAGAUGUACAUGUAAAAAAAAAAAACAACAAAAACAAGCAAUUCCCAUUCUAAACAUGUCAUGUGACUCUAUUUUUCACUAUCACGUGUUUCCCCACAUCUGUAUUUUAGGGUUACUUCGGUGCUGUUGGAGCACUGCUGGAGCUGCUUCGGAUGAAUGAUGAUCAGUAAAACCAGUUGCUGAGGAUUGUUGAAGUCUGCUGGAAUGCUAUCAGAGAGAAUCCUUAUUGGGCUUUUGGGAGGUGCAGACAAAGCCAUUACAUAUUUGUAUAAUAGGACUUGUAAAUAAUUCCAAUUUCUCUGAGUGGAUGCUGGGUAUCAAUGUAUAUUGUAAAAAUGUGCAAAAUGGCCAAAUGUACCACAGUGAUCAUUUUUUUUUUUUUUUUUAACACUAAUUUUAAACUGUGAUUUUUAUUUUUAUUUGAUUUUUUAUUUUAAUAUAAUUAUAGUCUUCAACUGCACUUUUAGGUGUAGGCCUGCUGCUUUUUUAAAUUUACAAAUUGAGUAUGCUAUUAUGGAAGGUGUGUUUUUUAAUUUUUUUUUUUGUUUUACUCUCCUGUUUUGAAGAUUCAGUCGCCAUUUUGGUUAUGUGAUGGCCAUGUUUCAGCGAUGCUUACUUAAAAAAAGAUUGCUGACAAGUCUCAAGAAUGCUGCUCUGAAAAAAAAAGUUGGUAACAAUUUUUUUUUUUUUCUUCAAUCAUCUUUGGGCAUUUAAAAACAGAACACUAAACUCUAUUAGAACUUUAUAAUGUUUCAUUUUUUUUUUAUUGUAAAGGAAGCAUUCAAAUUAACACCUUGUAUGUCCAUUGUUGUACUGCACUUAUUAAAAAUUGUAGUCUAUUGAUUACUGCCCUCAUAACUUUGUUUGAUCUCCUCACAAAAAAACUCAUUUCCUCAAUAAAUUAAUUCUUUAUCAGUCACUAUUGUUAUAAGUUAACUCUCAAUUGUCAGUUGCG